AAUUGUCUCCCUUCUUCGGGUGGCAACUCUUUCAGCUGUAUAUCUACUACACCAUCGCAACAUUCUGAAGAAAAUCGUCAAAUCGAUACAGGUGUGAAGCUGCGAGCGGUAUGAGAGUUACCAAACCCGCCUGGGUACAACAUACCGUGGGGGAGAAGAAAAACUCGAGGUGUCCUAUUUAUUCCCUUUCAGUACAUCCUGAUGGGACUCGUUUAGCAACGGGAGGUCUAGACCAAAAAGUCAAAAUAUGGUCAACAUUGCCUAUACUAGAUGAGGAAGCUUCAGAAGAUGAGGCGAAUCACAAACUUCUUUGCACGAUGACAUCUCACACAGGGUCUGUACUUACGGUGAGAUGGGCACACCAUGGCAGGUUUCUAGCCACAGGAGCGGAUGAUGCGGUGGUCAUGAUUUGGGGAAUUGACCCCAACGGAGGUGGAAGAUUGUUUGGCUCAGAUGAAGUCAAUGUGGAAAGCUGGAAACCUUUAACUCGCCUGGUCGGCCAUCAAGCAGACAUUAUCGACAUAGCUUGGUCAAGAGACGAUACCAUGCUCGCUUCGGUCGGAUUGGACAGUACCAUCUGGAUCUGGGACGGGCGGACUUUCGUAGAGCGAAUACGGAAAUUAGACUCGCAUAAAGGAUUCGUCAAGGGUGUGACAUGGGAUCCAGUGGGGAACUAUCUCGCCACUCAGUCGGACGAUAAAACGGUCAAGAUUUGGAAUACUGAGGAUUGGUCUUUAGUGACGAGCGUCGAGAGACCAUUUGAGAAUUCGCCUUCUUCCACUUUCUUCCGUCGACUUAGUUGGUCUCCCGACGGCGCUUUCAUAGCCGCUUCAAACGCCAUGAAUGGACCAGUCUUCGUUGCUGCUGUGAUCGAGAGGGAAGGGUGGACAGCCGAUAUCUCGUUUGUUGGGCAUGAAAACACUAUACAAGUCGCUGCAUUCAACCCAUGUCUCUUCUUCCAAAAAGGAGCAGAACCAACGCGACUGACAGCAUCAUGUAUGCUUGCCCUUGGCGCUGAUGACUUCAGUAUCAGCAUAUGGAGGAACACCGUGCACAAGCCGCUUGUGGUUCUUCACGAUAUAUUCGGGAGGAAUUUGAUGGAUUUAUGCUGGGCCAAUGAUGGUCUGCAUCUUUACGGCUGCUCCGAAGACGGUACCAUUUGCGCCAUCGCGUUUGAUCAAUCAGAAUUCCCCGAACUCGCCACUCCUGAUAAGACCCAACUCAUCCUUGACGCAUAUGGUUACACGCCUCGACGUCACAACCCUCGAUCCCUUUCUGCCGCUCCCUCACUUCAGUCCAAUGGCUUUGCUCACCUUCCUUCCAUCCAAAACCCUGGUCACGUCAAUGUCCUUCAACCCCGAAAGACCAAGCCCAACCCUGCACGUAGAGUUGGAUUCGCCAACUCCAACGGCUCGUCCCUCCGUCCUCUACCUUCAGGAAGAUCAGGAUCCUCUAGCGACCCUUUUUCCGCUCCUAUCCAGCCUCUUGCAUCCUCCAUGGUCCAAUCAUCCACUGCCAGAAUGUUUCAAGACGCUCACCAGGCGUUCAAGCCCACUCAUGAUACGUAUGGCUCACCUCGUGGAGCGAAACGAAAGACCUCUUUACUCGACAAUGCCCCCUUCGUCAAUAGAGGAAGUCCGAUGGGUGUCUCGCAGCCUCUGGGAAGUGUUUCGGAGCUACGGCUCCCUCGCACCACUGUAAUCGGUACAAGCGCGUCCGGGACUGCUCAAACUGGACGAACACUACCUGUGCCUAGUGUUCAAAAUGUGCUUCGCGCAAAAGCGGGUGACGUACACGAUGAAACAUUAUACGUGGAAGCUCGGAAUGAAGUGGCGGGGAGAUGUAAGGUCACGUAUUGCCAAGACGGACAAGAUUGGUGGACGGAUCAUGUACAUUGUGCGGUGUUGGGUAUGGCGAUGAGUACAAGGUUGUGCGCAUUGGGAUUGGAGGAUGGGGGUUUGAAAGUAUACACUCCGGCCGGAAGACAAUCAUUUCACGUCGAGUUGGGAGCUCCUGUCAGUCAGAUGGUAGCCAUAUCAAAUCUGGUCUUCUUGGUCACCGCGGACUGUCAAGCUCGUGUAUAUAACGUCGAAUCCCGUAAACUCUUACAUCCCGUUUCUUCAAUAUCUCACCUUCUCAUAGAUCCCCUAUCGUCAUCUUCCUCCGCUUCCACUAUCGACAUUCUGGAACUCCGUCUCUGUCCCAACGGCGUUCCUGUGGUAAUUACCACCUCUCCUGCCGCUUACGCAUUCGACCCAGCCUUACAAUCAUGGACAUCCAUCUGUGCUCCGACGCAUCUCACAUCGACGAGAACAUCCUCACCGUCGAACGUCAGUCGUGGUCCAUUGGCAGAUAUUGAAUCUAGGUUAUCUUCCAUCGAUAUCAGACGAGAUAACGGCGAAAGACCAAAGGGAUAUGAUAUCUCUGUCGAAAUCAAUACGUUGGAAACGCGCAUCAGUGCUUGUGUGUUGUUGGGGAGUAGGGAAGAGUAUAAAUGGUGGAUUAUGAGAUAUGCAGAGGUGUUGGUUAAGGAGGGAUAUGUGGGACGGAUGGAUGAGUUUGUCAGGGAUCUAGUUGGACCCAUCUAUCAUCGCCCAGACCGGAAAGAAGAGUGGGAUCCAACAAUACUAGGGUUGGACAAGCGGGAAUUGGCGAGGGAGAUAUUAAAUAUGGGUGCUCGGUCACCAACUUUACGGGAUAUGGCACAACAAUGGAUAAACACUUUAGACGUGAUUGAUUCAGAGAGAUGAGAUGGGCAGGAAUCACAUAUAUCAUUUUUAAUGCUCUGUGCAUCAUACAGUAUCAAUGCAGAUGUUUGUACAG